CUUCCGGCGCCGCUGCGGGCCAGGUUAAAGAUGGCGGCGGUGGCAGGGUCCGGCAUUUCUAGGCUGCUGGGUCGGUCCUGGCCACGGCUGGGCCGGCCUAUGUCGAGCGGCGCCCACGGCGAAGAGGGCUCAGCUCGCAUGUGGAAGGCUCUCACCUACUUCGUCGCGCUCCCUGGGGUGGCAGUGAGCAUGCUGAAUGUCUUCCUGAAGUCGAAACAUGGAGAGCAUGAGAGACCCGAGUUCGUCGCCUACCCCCAUCUCCGCAUCAGGUCUAAGCCUUUUCCCUGGGGAGAUGGUAACCAUACUCUAUUCCACAAUGCUCAUAUGAAUCCACUGCCCACCGGCUAUGAAGAGGAUUAAAGAGAACCUGGACCAUUACCUAGCACUUGGGACCACAACACUGGCUUGGAACAUAACUCUGCACAUGGACCAGAAAAAUGUACGGGACCUUAAGCUCACUUCUUGUAUCAAAUGCUGACCAUUAUACUUAUCUCCCAUCUCUGCUUAAUGGCAGGUGAUGGCUUAAAUAAAUAACUU